AUGUCGGAUCCAGGCUCCUCAUUACCACCGUUUGAGCCAUCGUCCUUCAAGUACACCCAGCCACCAGACGCCGAAUUCACCUUCGGGCAAAAGGCCGCGUCUACGGAGGGCGGACGACAAUGGGCAGAGCAAGAGAAGCUUGGAUGGGAGACUAUCGACGCGCGCACAACCGAUCCUAGGCGAGUGAUAUCUGCCUCGGUCCUCUCUCGCUCACUCAACCUCUAUCAGAGAGAGAACGAGAGCGGAGUGGGAAACAUUGCACCGUUCAGCUUCUUCAAUCAGGUCUCGUACAACCCCACCGUGAUCUCCUUCGCGUCCACGGGCGGAGCCAACAAAUUCAAAGACACCGUGAACAACAUCCGCGCGACGAAGGAAUUCACGGUCAGUCUCAUCAGCGAGCCAUGGAUCGCGCAGGCCAACGCCGCUUCGAUCGACGCGCCUCCGGAUGUGAGCGAGUGGGAUAUCGCCGGAUUGACCAGGGAGCCUAGUACGUCGGUGAAACCGCCCCGCAUCAAGGAAUCCGCGUUUAGCCUCGAAUGCGAGCUGCUCCAAAUCGUCGAAAUCAAAAACGAUGCGGGGGAAGUGCGCUCCAGUUUGGUGCUCGGCACCGUCAAGUUGGUCCACGUCAGAAAAGCCGUACUCAACGAGGCGGGGACAGCGAUCGACCCGGCCAAAUAUAUGGCCGUGAGCCGUCUCGGCGACACGACCUAUGCUUUGGUUGGGAAUGGAUUCAGGAUGCCACGACCGGUUUGGAACAAGGUCGAGGUCGAUGCGAGAAAGGCUGCCGGCACCUCCUGAGCCACCGCGCUUUCCUAACAUGAAUAGAUGGCUAGUUUCUGCACUGUAUACAUACAUACAUAAAUUUGGUUGUUGAGAACCCGGAACACGUUCCACACAUACAGCUAAUGGGUUUUGAAGUACUCAGGGAGGACAUAGCCGAGACCACGGUGAGGGAACUCGGCGGGGCUGCGCAUGAGUGCGAACUUCAUACAUCCAACCUCCUCGCUCAAGAGGCUCUCGUCCUCGGCACCGGCGACGAGCAGACGCUCGAUGACAUGGGCCGCAACGUAUCGGGACGUCUCUGCGUUUUGUUGGAGGAUCUUGCCCACCUCAGCCGCGGUCACACCCGCUUCGUGAGGGCGCCAUGCAUCGUAGUCGGUCGAUGUGGCGAUCAGAGCGAAG